GCCACUUCGUAAGAAACAGCUCAAGCUUUGUUUCCCUCGCCACUGUCGGAGUUCCCAAAGCACUUCAACGCAGAGCACCUCACCAAAACGCCUUCGUUUUAUAAAAGCUGAUCGCCAAUUCCUCGCAUUUCGAGCUUCUCAUUUCUCCCUUUGCAUUUUUCAAUUCUCCAGAGCUCCCAUGGCUUCGGUAUCUGCAUCAAACAUCGUCGCUUUAAAAUCCGCCGUUAAGUUCGGAGCUACCACAGACGGCAGGGCCUGCCAGUUCAAGCAAUGGGCUCCGAUUGGUGGCGCAACCGUAUGGGGUCGGAGCAUUGGGCUUCGGUAUAGAUCCAAGCGCUCCUCCAUUUCCCCAGGUUACGUGAGGGCACAGGUGGCGACGCUGGUGCAAGCGACCACCGGGGAGGCCAAAAGUGUGGAGGGUCCGGUGGUGGUGGUGACCGGAGCUUCUAGAGGUAUCGGCAGAGCUAUUGCUCUGUCUUUGGGCAAAGCUGGUUGCAGGGUCCUUGUUAACUACGCUAGGUCGUCGAAGGAGGCCGAAGAGGUUUCCAAAGAGAUUGAGGCAUUCGGUGGACAAGCUAUUACUUUUGGAGGGGAUGUUUCGAAAGAAGAAGAUGUUGAGGCGAUGCUCAAAACUGCAGUUGAUGCUUGGGGAACUGUUGAUGUACUGAUAAACAAUGCAGGAAUUACCAGGGAUGGUCUGUUGAUGAGAAUGAAAUUAAAACAAUGGCAGGAGGUCAUUGAUCUAAAUCUUACCGGUGUAUAUCUAUGUACCCAGGCAGCAGCCAAAAUCAUGAUGAAGAAGAAGAAGGGAAGGAUUAUCAAUAUAGCAUCUGUUGUUGGUCUAGUUGGAAAUGUUGGACAAGCCAACUACAGUGCUGCAAAAGCAGGAGUAAUUGGCCUGACCAAGACUGUUGCUAAGGAGUAUUCAAGCAGACACAUUAAUGUUAAUGCUGUUGCCCCGGGCUUUAUCGCUUCAGACAUGACUGCCAAGCUAGGGGAUGACAUUGAGAAGAAAAUUUUACAGACUAUCCCAUUAGGUAGGUAUGGCCAACCCGAAGAAGUUGCUGGACUGGUGGAAUUCUUGGCCCUUAGUCCUGCAGCCAGUUACAUGACCGGACAGGUGCUCACCAUUGAUGGAGGGAUGGUCAUGUAGGUUUUCCAUAUUGCCGGCCUAAGAGAAAUGUAUUAGAACCUUUGAGCUUCAGAGUUCCUACUAUGAGAUGGUAUCAGCAGAUUCUACCAUGACGGUAAAAGUUUAUGUGAAAGCUCAUCAAAUUACAGGUCUUUCGCUUUAAGUUAGUUCUACAACAAAUUUUACUGCAAGUUUUGAUAGAAUUUCAAUUUUAGCUUGUUACCAAAAGGAGCUCUGUACGAUGACAUGUUUGUGGAAUGUGUACCAACUUGUACACUCUGAAAAUAUCUCUUUAAGUGGGGACACAUGAUGACGCCUUUUUAGUUUGGAGUCAGCUUUAACGAAGUUGGUAAAAAAGAU